UCUGUCAUAUUUUAGAGUACACAAAAAUGUUUUUCCGAUUUGAUUUGUAUAUUUAAAAAAGUUGCUAAUUUUUGUUCAGAUUCAUAAAUAAGGUAUGGCUUCAUCUCAAGAUGCCUGGUAUCUUUCUCUUUUAGGAUUAGCUGAACACUUCCGAACUUCCAGUCCUCCCAUGAUAAAAUUAUGCAUUCAGUGUUUACAAGCAGUUUUUAAUUUUAAACCCCCCCAAAGGGUAGAAGCAAGAACACAUUUACAACUAGGAAAUAUUCUUCUAAGUCAUACAAAGAAUAUUGAUUUGGCAAAAAACCAUUUAGAACAAGCAUGGUUACUUUCUCAAGUAAUUAACUCCUUCGAUGAUGUUAAAUUUGAAGCCGCAAGUGUUUUGGCUGAAUUAUAUGAGCAACAAGAACAAAUAUGGUUGUCAAAACCAAUAUUAAGAAAGGCUAUCGAACUAUCUCAGCACAAUGUAUAUUGGCAUUGCAGAUUAAUAUUUCAGCUGGCGCAAAUUCAUGCCACAGAAAAAGACUAUACAUUGGCAAGCAGUUUGUUAGGUGUAGGGGUAGAUUAUGCACACAUAUCUAAUGCGUCUUACACUAGAGUAUUGUUUUUAUUAAGUAAGGGUAUGUUACUACUAAUUGACAAAAAGUUACAGGAAGUACAACCAGUUUUAAACCAAGCCAGUCAUUUAAUUGAAACUUGGACAGGUGCUGUUUAUCAAAAGGAAUAUCUUAAAGUGUAUUUUUUAGUUUUACAGGUUUGCCAUUACCUUAUGUCAGGGCAAGUAAAAAGUGUCAAACCAUGCUUGAAACAACUUCAACAAAGUAUCCAGACUAUAAUGGCUACAGACGAUGUAUUUAUGGGACCUAGUGCAGGAGAUAUGUUUCUUUGGAUGCCUAAAGAGCACCUCUAUGUACUAGUUUAUUUAGUGACGGUUAUGCAUAGUAUGCAAGCAGGCUACAUGGAGAAGGCCCAAAAAUACACUGACAAAGCUUUAAUGCAAAUAGAUAAGUUGAAAUAUAAUAAGCCUAUUCUAUCAGUAUUCCAAUUAAUGUUAUUAGAGCACAUUAUAAUGUGCCGUUUAGUUAUGGGGAAUAAGACUCAAGCAUUGCAAGAGAUAGCUUCAGCUGCUGCUUUGUGCAAGCAAUGUCCUCGUUUGUUAGAAACGCAUGGGCCUCAAUUGCAUACCCUAUUAGGAUUGUACUCCAUGAGUAUGAACUGUAUGGAAGCUGCAGAGGCACAGUUUAUAGCAGCAUUAAAUACAUCUCGAGAAAGAGAGUUGUGGACAUUUGCUAAUUUAAAUUUAGCUAUUGUAUAUCUUAGAGGUAAAAGAGAGGCAGAUUUUAUAGCAUUACAUGAUAGAAUCAAUCCUGAAAGUUUGCCGUCACACUCUCACAGUCUAAGGGCAGCUGCUUAUUACGUUCAAGGCUUACAAGCAUUUUUUCAAGGUCGAUACAAUGAAGCAAAGAGAUAUCUCAGAGAAACUCUAAAAAUGGCCAAUGCCGAGGAUUUGAACCGACUGACGUCUUGUUCAUUGGUACUUUUAGGGCAUAUAUUUCUUUCUUUAGGAAAUAGCCGGGAAAGUAUGAAUAUGGUAACACCAGCCAUGCAACUCGCAAGCAAAAUACCUGAUGUUCAUGUACAGUUAUGGGCCUCGGCAAUAUUGAAAGAUCUCCAUAGGAUUUGUGGCGAUUCUCAAAGAGAAAAUGAAGCAUAUCAGAGACACGUCCACUUUUCCCAAAUGUUACUUAGUGAUCAUUUUCAAGCUUCUCAAAUGCCAGAACACAAUCUGAUAAUGUGGACUCAGGGGAACCUUCCACCCAGUACUACAGACUCUCCAAGUACUUCCGGUGUUUUGUUAUAGCAUUAAAGAAUUGGUUUUAUUAUCUUGUGAAGACUAACUACUUGUAAAUUAUUUUUUUAUAUUUAAAUUUUAAAUAGAAUUUUAAUAACUA